CGAGAAGUAAUAUCGACGGCAUAGAUGGUAUUUUGCUUCUUCCAGUUAUGUAUAUAAUAAUGGACUUAAUGCCGAGUGUCAUUCACAUGCUCCGUGGUCUCCAUAAGACGAGCCAGCGUCACUGCUUCGCGAAGAGCACGUCCAAUAUGACCCCGGACGCCCGCCUCUUCCAUCACCAUUAGUCCACCAAUCGUACAUCCCUCUGGAGACGUACCUUGGUCCCUGAGUACAGCCGGGUGCAUCCCACUUUGGAGCAUCGUGGCCGUUCCUUGCAUGGACUGGAAAAUCAUAGUAUGUGCCAGGUUCCGCGGCACGCCCACCGCGACGGCAGCAUCAAUCAGCGCGUCGCAAAUUACUGCAAAAAAUGCCGGUGUAGACCCUCCUACGGCAGUCGUCGCAUUCAUGAGUCUCGGCUCAAUCUGCACGGCGCGCCCGAUGCGCUCGAAAAUUGCCGUCGUGAGUUUCAAGUAGGACUCUGGCGGAGAGGGCUCGGAGACCUCGAUCGCUGUCAGGGACUGCGAAACCUGCGCCGCAAUAUUGGGGAGAGUGCGUAUGACCCAAGCCCGGUCGGCCUGGUUGGCAUUGGUGGUUUCGCUUCCGUAGAUGGUUUCCUCGAGCUUUUGUCUGGUCCAGCCAGCUGCGAUGCUAAUUAAGAGUUUACGCUCCAACACUUCCGGCAGGCCUGGUUGCUUCAGAACAUUCUCAAUGUCGGCGGGGUCCACGCCUAGGAUAAUCACAUCGGAAUCGCGGGCGGCCUGAACAUUGUUGCCGCGAGAGAUGGAGAGUCGAUUCUCGUGUUGGGGAUAUUUCUCUGCUAGCUUCUUCUCCGAGGCUUCGCUGCGGACACAGGCGAUGAAUCGACUGAACAAUGGAUCGCUAUCUCCCGUACGGAGCAGACUGUUCAAGAUGGCUGAUCCUAGGUUUCCUAUAUUCAACCGAUUAGUGUCGAGAAUGCUCGCGGCUUCUCCAUUCGCUUACCACAUCCCAGCAGGCACAGAGUUUCCGUUUUCGCUGCUGCCAUUGUGAUCAGAUGAAAGCGACUGCAAGAUUCUAUCUUGCACCUAACUCAAGCUUUGAAAAAUGACAAAUGACACCAAACAAAAACUCCGUGAGACAGUCAAGUUGCCCCUCGCAGUCAACCCUCAUCGGGAGGGUGCCCGAGUGUAAGUGGAGACUGUCGCCUCCCGCACGAUUUGGGCGGGCGCUUCCUCUUCUCCUCUUCUCCUCUUCGCCUCACCCUCCGGUCCACUCGGUAGGUCGUCCCGACUGAUAAGGAUGGGCCCCACAGUAGCUACCCGUGCUCGUCGCAAAAGAUGCCGAUCCUAGGAAAGAAAUUGCGUAUAUGCGGGGUACAUCGUGCGUAUCAGGAGCAAUAAAUAUCAUCGGGCGGCGGGCACACCGACGAGAAAUAACUAAGUCAAACUCGGGCUGAGUGACCAUGGGCGUUUCCAAAUCGGACGCUAUUCUCAUCGUGGGAGGCGGUGCUUUUGGCCUCUCUACGGCCUUUCAUCUCGCGCAGAAAGGAUAUACGAAUGUCUCUGUAUUCGAGAGAGAUGAUCAUAUUCCCCCGCGCUACUCUGCGGCCAAUGAUUUGAACAAGAUCGUGCGCGCUGAGUACGAGGAUCCUUUCUACACCGACUUGACGAUUAAAGCAAUUGCCGCAUGGAAGACUCCCUUGUUCGCCCCUCAUUUCCACCAGACCGGAUUCCUCCAUUGCGUGUCCGGCGAUGCGCCCAAAGAAGCAAUCGAUACACUGAACAGAUUCCGCGAUUCGGCUGAGCGCAACACUCAGAUCCAACCGUAUGUGUCGGCUCUAGACGGAGAAUCAGAUAUUCGUGAGGCCUGUUGGCAGCUGGAUGGGCCUCUUCCGGGCUGGAAGGGGUACUUCAAUCGCUUCGAUGGGUAUGCCCAUUCCGGUAACGCUCUGGCUGGGAUUUAUCGCGCAGCUCAGGCUGCCGGAGUACGAUUCUUCCUGGGUGAGCAAGGCACCGUGGACGAAAUUAUCUACGUCAGCACCGUCAAUGGACGCAAGUGUGCUGGUAUUCGAACAAAGAAUGGCCGAUUCCAUUCGUCUCGCCUAGUCAUUGUCGCAGCCGGCGCCAACGCGGGUCGUCUGGUUCCGCAGCUUGGACAGCAGGUCGUUGCCAAGUCAUGGUCCGUGGCUCACGUCCAAUUGAGUGAUGAUGAGACCUCGGGUCUCCGUGGAAUCCCGGUGACUUAUGCCCGUGAUCUGGGAUUCUUCUUUGAACCAGACCCGAAGACCAACUUGUUGAAGCUGUGCCCGAUGGGUGGUGGAUAUAUCAAUACUGAUCCUCAGACGGGCGUGUCGCUUUCACCAGAGUCAUUGAUAGAGAGCGCCUUCGUUCCGGAGGAAGACGAGAAGCAGAUGAGGAAACUGUUAGCUCAAACCUUUCCAUCUCUAGCCGACCGGCCCCUUGUCAAGAAGUCUCUUUGCUGGUUUGCCGAUACAAACGACUCUGAUUUCAUUAUUGACUACGUGCCCGAUCUGGAGUCCUCACUCAUGCUUUUAUCCGGUGAUUCGGGCCACCUGUUCAAGAUGUUCCCCAUCGCUGGUUCCUGGGUGACGGAUCUCCUGGAGGCACCGGAUAACAAGCAGGCUCUUGCACGUUGGCGGUGGAAGCAACCCGAUCCCAACGCAGGACAGGAUUGGGGAGGUGCCGUGAGCUGGCGUCUUGGUGAAUCCAAGGAAUUCUCUGCCAUCCGGGCUCCAAAGGCCUCGAAGCUGUAAAUAAGUCCCGAUUGAUGGUAAUUUGAUGAUAACGUUGGUUAGGACGUCUUGCCGAGUGCAAGAUGACCUUAAGAUAGAUUACAUGGCUGACUUUUGCAUUAUUACCUGAAACACCUUAAUCAAAGAAUCAUGUCAGCACUCCUUUCUACCGAGACAAAGAAUUCAGACUAGACGAACCAUGGAAAUAAAUCAGUUUCUUCAGAUUCUUUCAUUGAAUGAGAACUCUCAUGUGAUCCGUCA